CAAUAAAUGUUUUACUCGCAUUUAUUUAUUUUCUUUAUAAUUAUAUCACACCUUACCAAAGAUAAAACGCGAUGGUCCAGGUCAGGGAUCCGAAAAGAAAAAACACAUAUCUAACAUAUCUAACAGCCGUUGAUUUAGAUAUAUAAUCUCAUCCAUCCAACGGACAUAGUCGUCUUACGUCAGCGAUCCUCGUGAAUAAAUCUUAUCCAAUAGAAUGUGUUUUUUCUUCCUUCUUAAUAUCUCCAGACGCUUCAGAGUUCCUUCAUCCCAAAACCUAAAUCUCUUUCCGAGAAAAUCAAAGAAAAAGAGAGAGAGAUUCACGAUGGCACCAAAGGCAGGAAAGAAACCAGCAGAGAAGAAACCCGCCGCCGCCGCCGCCGCCGCAGAGAAGCCAGUGGAGGAAGAGAAGGUAGCUGAGAAAGCACCAGCGGAGAAGAAGCCCAAGGCCGGAAAGAAGCUACCAAAGGAAGCCAUCGGCGCAACCGACAAGAAGAAGAAGCGCAGCAAGAAGAACAUCGAGACGUACAAGAUCUACAUCUUCAAGGUUCUUAAGCAAGUCCACCCAGACAUCGGAAUCUCGAGCAAGGCCAUGGGGAUCAUGAACAGCUUCAUCAACGACAUCUUCGAGAAGCUUGCUCAGGAAGCGUCCAAACUCGCAAGGUACAACAAGAAGCCGACCAUUACUUCUCGCGAGAUCCAGACAGCUGUUAGACUUGUUCUUCCUGGUGAGCUCGCUAAGCACGCCGUGUCUGAAGGAACUAAGGCUGUUACUAAGUUUACUAGCUCUUGAAUGAAAUCACUUGUUAGGAUUCUAGAUCUGAGCGCUUUUGAGUUUUUUUUUUUUCUUUUGUUAUGGAUUAUGAUUCUCUUAGCUUUAUGAUUUGGUUACUGUGUAAUAGAAUAUGGAAUGAUUAAUCGUCUCUUUAUGUUUAA